AACAAAAGUCCAAAUUUGCAUUCAUUUCAAGAAAAGGAAUCUAAAUAUUGGAUGUCAGCUUUAAAACAUUUGUCAUUUUGUUGGUAGUCAAAGGUUUUCAUUGAAGGGAUGUGCUGUCAUCACUCCCUACAAAAAAUACAAUAAAAUACUGUCAACAGCCUGAAAAAAAUCAACUUUGGCCACGUUUUUAAGAAUUAUGUUUAAUAAUCAGGGUAUUACUGAUAAACGAACAAACCUCCCUGUAAAAACCUUCAGAACAUAGACAGUAGGUCAUGUAUGGUGAGCCUCAGCCAGCUGUCAGCUCUGUUUAACUGAACAAAACCAGCGUGGUGUCACCGCACAGACCCGGAUGUGUAAACAACAAACACAGUGGUGCGGACCGAUCCAGUCAACAACAGGGGUCGUUACUGGGCGUCUGCGGGACCGGGGUGAAGGGGAGGGACAGUAAUAGUCCACAACAUCAUCUUAUUAAUGAGAGGGAGAGAUGGCCGAGAAGCGGCCAAAGAGGAUCAGAUCAGCGGAGCACAAGCAGAAGAAGAAACAUUACGACCAGAGCCGAGCCAAGACCCGCAUCAACAUCGGCGAAGCGUUCCAGCGGUGGAGAGACCUCCGGGAGCUGAAAGGCAUGAAGACGGACGCGGAGGUGGCUGUGUUUCUGCUCGAUAGUUACCUUCGGACCAAGUCAGAGAGUCGAGCUGAACGAUCGAGCUUCAAAAGGAGCUCUUCAACUGAAACCUGUGAAAGUGUGCACUAUGAAUACCCGUUUAUGAUGAGUUCAUCAAAUGAGUCUGAGCAGGAAACUUCUGUCCAGUCGUCUAAAAAUGGAAAGGAGAUGCAGAAGUCAGACGCUGCUCGCCAAAGACCAAAGAGUGAGGAUGAGUGGCGGCCAAUCAGACGGUCAGAAAAUAAAGUAAACGGAGUUGAAGAAGAAGAGGAGGAAGAAUUCAGCACUUCAUUAAGUGUGGGAGACGGACGCUACCUGGUGGAUUUGGGAAGCUCGUCAGAGUUCAUCGUGGACGAAGAGUGCAUCCUCCAGCUGUUCAAGUCGUGCCGGGAGUGCAACGGACAAUGCACGGUGAGAAAACACGUGAAAGGACUGAAGCUGGUUGUUUACCAGGCGUGUCGCUUCUGUCAGAGCCGCAGUAAAUGGACUAACCUGCCUGAUGACGAUGACAGAGACGAUAGUGAUUCCCAGGUUAAUGACAAACACGGACAGAACACAGCGAUGUCACCAGGCAGUAAUACCAGCUGAAACAGGAAUGCGUUUCAGGUGAGCCUGGACCGGACGAAGCAGCUGAACUUGUGCUGCUUUCUCUGCACCGUCGAAGCCAUCAGCACCUUCUCUGUAUGUUUUCCCACUUCAUUCAUUCUCUGAUGCAUCCACACAUGCAAGCAGGACUGUGGCGACCUCAGCCGGCUAUAGCUAACCAUGGGGAAAGACUGUGACCGGCAGGUAAGAGAAGAGCUCCAGUGUUCGGUUGAAUCACUGUUGGGUUCUCUGGUGCUUACCACAGGUGCAUGCUUAAAACUCACCUGGGCUGCUGGAGUCGAUCACCUGGUUUGAAAACAGGCUGCACUAACCACAGUUAAAUAAAUGGUUGUAUUGGCCAAAAAAGAAA